CCAGCGGCGCGGCUCGGCUCGGCGCGGUGCGGGAGGCGGCCGGGCCGGGCCGGGGAACGAACGGGCCGGGCAGGAUGUCGCGCCAGGCCGGCCGCGGCACCGAGAGCAAGAAAAUGUAUUGGUAUUUGCCAUUCAUUUCACCUUCUGCAUCUAUGCAUCUCAUGAACUCAGAGCUCUUCACGCUGACGUACGGCGCUCUGGUCACCCAGCUGUGCAAGGACUAUGAGAAUGACGAGGACGUCAACAAGCAGCUUGACAAAAUGGGUUACAACAUAGGUGUUCGGCUAAUAGAAGACUUUCUGGCCCGGUCCAAUGUCGGAAGAUGCCACGAUUUCCGUGAAACUGCAGAUGUUAUCGCAAAGAUCGCAUUUAAAAUGUACCUGGGUAUCACUCCGAGCAUCACCAACUGGAGUCCUGGAGGCGAUGAGUUCUCCCUGAUCUUGGAAAAUAACCCCUUGGUGGACUUUGUUGAGCUCCCUGACAACCACUCAUCUCUCAUCUAUUCCAACUUGUUGUGUGGAGUGCUGCGAGGUGCCCUGGAAAUGGUUCAGAUGGCCGUAGAUGUAAAAUUUGUCCAGGACACGCUGAAGGGUGACAGCGUCACAGAAAUAAGAAUGAAGUUCAUCAGGCGGAUUGAAGACAAUCUUCCAGCUGGUGAAGAGUGAAUCGCAACCCAGUCUCCCUUUGGGACUGGAGGGGACCACCUGGUUUUGGCCAUUAGCUAUCGUCACAGAUCUGUAGGGAUAUAGUGCUUUCAUCACAGAUCUGUAGGGAUCUAGUGCCCCUGUACAUUCAGACUGACUUACUGACUGUUUAAGAUGUUAUUAUAUUCUUCUACUGUAACUUCCAUCUUCCGUAGAAGACAAUUGUCUGGUUGCUGUUUAUUUCACAGGUUCAUUCUGAAGCUUUUUCAUAAGGUGAUGUCUUUUUCGUAUUCCCCUGGGGACUCUUUUUAUGCUCAGUUUCUAAUUGUGAUGUUUGGUUGUGCGAGAACUGCUCAAACUCCAGAAGAGCUCCAGUUUGUUCAAAUCUGAUUGAAUGUUUUAUUACCAGAAUUGGAGACCAAGCUGUGAGAGCCCACUGAUUACUGUUAAAUGCUGUCCUUAAAAGGAGAGGUUUAAAAUUCAUUUGGAGAUAAGCACAUAGUAUUUCUGUAGACCAAACUGGCUUCCUGCAUUUGAUUCAGAAGUUAGUAGUAAAAUGCAAGCUUGAUACAAAGGGGUGAUUUGGGAGAGCUGUUUGAGUUUUGGCACCAGGUCGGGGAGGCUCCUGUUCCCAGAGAGCCGUGGCAUCGUGCAGCACUGGCAGAUUCAGGAGGCCCGUGUGGCCUGGGCCUUUCAGCAGUUUCUCUUCCCCAGCAGUCUCAUGACUCCCCGCUUGGAAGGGGAGGACCGUUAAAUUCCAGUGGAGCAGCAGUAAAUACUUUAAAUGGGGAAACGAAAAGAGUGGCUAAAAUGCCAUUGGUCUUCUACAGUGUGUACAUCCCGGGGGCCGCAUGGCAAGUCCACAGAACAAAAAACAAAACUCAGACUAACGACUGGGAGGUAUUAAAUGCAUUUCAGCAAGUAGAGUCUGGUCCCCUGUUACAGUGUAUAAACACUGUAGAGCGUGGAGGUGGUGCUGGGGUAUAUUCUCACAGAUGUUUAGGCUACAACAGAAUUUCCCGUGUUACUUAAAUUGGCAAGCUUUGGCAGUCUGCAGCACCUGCUGUUCUGUAAAAUAAAUACACAAAGUAGUCUUACAUCUCAAAAAGCAAGGUAUUGGAAAAUCAACUUCCUCUGCGUCCUGUUCAGUGAGAAAAUGCAGUCAGAUGUUCAGUUCUCAGAUCACUUUACAUAGCAUGAAGGCACAGAUCCACAGAGAAAAUUAGAAGCUUGAUAAUAAGUCAAUAGCUCUUACUCACUUUCACAGGAGCUGGCGGCUCAAAUACCUUUGUAGGUUUAUGCCUGAGUGUAAGGUGAGAGAGAAAAAGCUGCCGCUUGUGCUGCCAUUCAUUUAGGUUCUCCAGACAAACGUUGGGCCAUCUGGAUGCUGGACGACUCGCCCCGUCCCUUUUUUUGCCCAAAUGAGUACCUUUGGUGAGAGGGUUUGGAUGCCGCAUGUGAUGUUUGUCCUGUGAAGGGGCAGCGUCACUGUAAAAGCAGUUGGAGAAUGACAUUGAGGAAAAGCAGUGGCUGGUGGGUUUUGGAGGCAGAGGUGCCACACGGUCAUGUUGCAGAGAUGAAAAAGAUCCAUCGUUUCUCAUCAUUGACCAUUAUAAGUCAUUUUAAGGCUGCAUUUUGAAAGCAAUCGCAUUAAAAGAAUCCUGGUGUCA